AAUAGCAACACAGCAAAUCUCACCCCAUCUGAUCCAUCUCUCCUGAAGCAUCAGCAAUUCCGCAACCGUGCAUCUGCGCCAUUACUCUCACCCAAGCACCGCGUGAGUCGGCGAAUCCACAUACUACCUCCCAUCGACAUUAGAGCUCCUGAGUACCACUAACCACCAUGGCUCACGCCACCGUCCUUCUCGCCGUGCUCUCACUCCUAGCGAUCACCGCCACGGCGUGCAAUGUCCCGCCUGGCGGAUGCCACGUCACCAAGGUGUGCAACAGGCUCGUCAAUCUCGAGAAGCUGAACAUCACGGAGCAGAAUUUCCGCAAGUACUCGCUGAUUGGCUACUUUAAGGGCCUGUUCAACAGCCAGGGCGGCAAAGUGAAGCCCCAGAAGGCCGGAUCCGGCCCCCUGAACCUCGAAAUCUUCCAGGAGGUCGGGAAUGUCAUCGAGAUGGUAGCCGGCACCAAGGGCAACACGCUCGCGAAGUGCUGCGUGGCGUGCGCGAAAUCGAUGGACUGUUACGAGUACCACUUCUUCGUAAGCCCGCGCAUCGAGGACAACCCGAACGUGAAGAACUUCCGUGACGGCGCGCAGUGCUACCUGCUGCAGAAAAACGCGGGCUCUGGCGUCUCUGGGGGCCUGUCCCACCCGUACGCGGGCGACCGCAAGGAGCAGGCCGCGAUGACGCCGUACUUCCCGCUGAGCUGGGUGGGCGGGCUGUGCAACGGCAAGGCGACGGUGGAGAACGACCCGCACCUGACGGGCGCGCACGGCACGCACUUUGACUUUACUGGCAGGCUUGACAAGGCGUUCUGCCUGCUGACGGACGCGCGCGUGCACAUCAACAUGCUGCUCAACGGGUACCAAGGGACGCCGCCUGCUGUUGCUGCCAGGGCCACGACUGCUGCGCCUGAGGCGACUGGCACCAGCCUUCACACGUGGAUCAAGGAGGUGGGUGUGGUGUGGGUGUCCACAGCCGGCAAGCAGCACUCGCUGCGCAUGGUGGCUCGCAAGGGCAACCAGCAGGAGAGGGGGGCCAGUGGCUUCCUGGCGCUGCUGCAGGUGGAUGGUGCUGACAUGGCGCCCCCACGCCUCAUGGACGAGAUGGUGGAGGCGGAGGGGGGCCUCGUGGUGAGCAAGGUGGCGGAGGGGCGGGAGGGGCCCUUUGACGUGGACCGCUACACAGUGACCAUCGAGGGCGUGGGCGAGCUGGACGUGCGCAUGAGGGUGGCGCACCCGCUGCUGCAGACGCCGGACGAGGCCGAGGCACACUUCAACAUUGCCCUGACGGACAUUGUGACUACCCCUCUGGUGCACGGCGUGCUGGGGCAGACGUUCCGCGAUACCCCCGAGCAGCAGAGCCGCGCCCUGCGCUACACGCACCUCUCCUCCCUGCUCCACCACCCCAUUGCCGCCGACACCGAGGAGGGCCGGGGCUUCCUGGACGGGGCCGUGGACGACUAUGUGUCAUCGGGCAUCACCGCGCCCGACUGCCGCUUCUCGUCCUUUGGACGCCAGGCAGUGGACGCUACUGCUGCUGGUGCAGCUGGUGCUGGUGCUGCGGGGAGUGGUGGUGCGGAUGGUGAGAGCGCUGGUGAGGAUUUGCUGGCUAGCGUGGUGUAGCGAGGAGGUGGGAGAAGAGUGGAGAGAUGUGUGGACCAUGAGUGAGAGCAGCAUAGCUUACACAAUGCAGCUGUCGGAUGGACAUGGUGGGAGGGAGGCAUGAUGCGCGACGGGUGAGAGAGUGAGGGAGGAGGAUGUGACUACAACGAAGAUGUGCAGCUGGAUGGAUGGGGGGUGCUUGCAGCAGGAGGUGACUGUACAUAGCAGGAGGGAAGACAGAGACCUGCUGGCAGGGCUGCAAGCACCACUGAAUAAGGCUGCAAAGACAGUGGCAGGAUGAGCAGUAUCAAAUGGGGCUUACAGUAUCCAUUUUACCGUUACAGUCACAGGAGCAGUACGCAGAAGAUGCAUGGUAGCCAGUUGAAGAGUGCCUGUUGUGCGCAGCAGGUAACUCAACCCCUGUAGAUAGAUAUGAAUGGCCGUGUGCGUAUGUAUGCAUCUCGUUUCAUUAUUUAUGAAUCAAAU